GUCAACGUUCUUGUUCGACCCCGUUCUCGUUCAGCUUGUCAGCUCUUUGUUCCCGACCCUAGUCACUCGCUCCAUUCUAUCUCAUCCUCUUCUCCUUCUUAGCACCACCAUGUCCGCCUCCCCUGAGAAACCCCUCGACUCCCGCGACAACGCGCAGUAUCUUGAGGUCGCUUCAAAGCAGGACUCUGGUGACGGCCAGACGAGCCCUCUCCCCUCUCCGGUCUCCACACCUGCGCCCAAGCCCAAGCCAAAGUUUCAGUCGACAACCAUCAUCAUCCCUAUAUGGAUUUGUCUCAGCUCCGCCGUUAUCAUCUACAACAACUAUCUGUAUAACACCUUAAACUUCAAGUACCCCGUCUUCCUUGUAACAUGGCAUCUAUCGUUCGCCACUAUUGGCACACGUGUGCUGCAGCGCACAACGCAUCUUCUAGACGGUGCAAAAGAUGUUCAUAUGACGAAAGACAUGUUCACGCGCUCCAUUCUUCCCAUCGGCCUCCUCUUCAGCGCCAGCCUAAUUCUUAGCAACACCGCGUAUCUCUACCUCAGCGUGGCCUACAUUCAGAUGCUCAAGGCCUUCGUGCCUGUAGCUAUCCUCCUGAUUUUAUGGACGUUCCGCAUCCAAGAGCCUAACCGCAAACUCGCGGUCAUCGUAUUCAUGAUCUCGUCCGGAGUCGCCCUUGCCUCACAUGGCGAGUUACGUUUCAACCUCGUCGGCUUCCUCACACAGGCCGCUGCCGUUGCCUUCGAAGCUUCUCGGCUCGUGAUGAUCCAGAUCCUCCUGCACGGCCUCAAGAUGGACCCGCUCGUCUCACUGCACUACUACGCGCCUGUCUGCGCGCUGAUCAACAUGCUCAUCCUGCCGUUCACCGAAGGCCUUGCGCCAUUCUACGAGGUUCUGCGCAUCGGCCCACUCGUACUGAUUACCAACGCAUUCAUUGCGUUUCUUCUCAACAUCGCGGCGGUGUUCCUUGUCGGUGCUGGCUCGGGUCUUGUCUUGACGCUCGCGGGCGUGUUCAAGGAUAUUUUGCUCAUCACGGGUUCGGUGCUGAUCUUCGGGUCGACCAUCACGCCUCUGCAAGUCCUCGGCUACUCCAUCGCCCUCGGCGGCCUUGUCCUCUACAAGACCACUGGCAACAAAUAGACUUUUUCCUUGCUCUGACACGUACCGCGCAGCCAACUUUAUCGACGACAGACCGACGCGUCGCAACACCCUACGACUCCUCUUCCCCCGCACGCUUUAGCUAUCGCUAUUUAUCAUACAUAUAUACAUAGAAGGGAUUUCGCAUCUUGGUCUAUGACGGCCCUCUUGGUUUCACCGACGUGCUCCUGCGUUCCUGAUUCCCAUUUUUUUCUCUUCGUGCGAUUUGGAUGGAUGGACGGCAGUUCGUAGUCUGUUUCUGAUUUGUGCACGGAUCGCGUUUUCCAGGUUUGUGGACAGGGACGACGGUGUCAUUUACAUACGGAUAUAGCAUUUGCUGCUCAUUUUUCCAGUAUGUUUGACGGGUCGGGAUUUGGCUGCGGCACGUUAUAAUGAUUUUGACCAUUGAUUGGUUUUUUUCCGUUU